AUGAAGGCGAUCCUCCACGGUGCCCGGGAUCUUGUUGAGUUGGGUGAUACCGCCAGCCUUCACACGAAAAGCCUCGUGAACGAGUGGCGCUUGGGUGGCUUCGAGCAUGGAAGCCCACAAGGUGCGAAUGAGUUAGCAGGAAGAUUGAUUGCGAAGGUGAUGCUCGUGUCGACGACCAAGUCAUCCACUUAUGUGGCCAUCAUUGCGAAGGAAGGCCAUGAUCUCAUCUAUCCCAUCAAUGGACGGACGGGGGAAGUUCGCGCGAGUUUGGGGACAGCAGACUCGGCGGGCAUUUUGGCGAAAGAUCGCUAG